AUGGCUGGUUUAGAGGCCAUUAAAUAUGGCAGAGGAAGACUAGAAGUUUUAGAUCAGUUGAGACUUCCGCAUGAGUUUGUUUAUGAUAAUGUCUCUACCUGUGAAGAGGCAUUUGAUUCAAUCAAGUCGAUGCGCGUGAGAGGAGCCCCAGCAAUCGCGAUUGUGGCAGCUCUUGCGCUGGCCGUAGAGCUUCAUCAUAAGAAAGAUGAUUCUAAGACGAAACAAGAAACUGUCCAAUACAUCAACAAACGUCUCGAUUAUCUCUUGGGUAGUAGACCAACUGCCGUCGACCUCUCAAAUGCUAUCAAACUUCUCAAACGGGUCUCUCAAAAUGCGGCACAAAUUACAGAUGCAACUGAUGACAAUGUUGCCUGUGCGGAUGUUCGAAACGGAUAUAUUGUUGCAGCAGAGAAGAUCUUGGAAGACGAUCUUACUACGAACUUAGCAAUUGGCAGAUAUGGAGCAGAAUAUCUAAGACGACAACAGAUGCCAAUUGGAGAAGAAAAUAAUGACGAUCCAUCCAAAUUCUUUACAACAAGUCCGCCAUGCACACAAGGAGCAAUGGACAAGACUUACAGAAAGUUGAGUGUUCUCACACACUGCAAUACUGGCUCUCUAGCUACUUCAGGUCACGGCACCGCCUUGGGUAUAAUCCGCAGUCUGCACAAAAUGAACUAUUUGGACCGCGCUUAUUGUACUGAAACUCGUCCUUAUAACCAAGGUUCCAGACUUACUGCCUUCGAGCUUGUGUACGAGAAGAUUCCCUCAACACUCAUCACAGAUUCUAUGGCCGGUGCUCUAUUCGCCCGGAUGAAAGACAUCAAAAAUAUAUCUGCUGUCAUUGUAGGCGCAGACCGUGUGGCCCGUAACGGGGACACAGCCAAUAAAAUCGGAACCUAUUCUCUCGCAGUCCUUGCAAAAGCUCAUAAUAUCAAAUUUAUAGUUGCCGCACCCACGACAAGUAUAGAUCUCGAGACAGCUUCAGGAGCAGAUAUAAAAAUUGAAGAUCGCGCUUCAACAGAGCUUACUCAAAUAAGUGGAGCCAUAGUAGGGAAAGAUGGACAUGUAGAUGUCAAUUCGACGGCUAGGGUGGCCAUUGCCCACCAAGGAAUCAAUGUUUGGAAUCCAAGUUUUGAUGUUACGCCAAGUAUGUAUAUUGAUGCGGUCAUUACGGAGAAGGGAGAAGUGGUUAGAAGUGCACAGGGCACAUUUGAUUUCAAGGCAAUCAUGCCAGAGAGGUGGGCACAGCAAGUUGAGGGGAAAGAGCCAAGUGUUGAAACGAAUGGAAAGGCACAGGUUGAUGAUGGAGCACUUUUCCAAAUGGAACACAUUUGA